GAUCAAAAUCCUGAUUUUGACUGCAUUGGAUGUGGCGACUACCAAGUUUACCUUGGUUGAGGCGGGUCUCCGAAGUCAUCAAGCGAGCCUUCAAAGCUUGGAGGUGCAAAUCAGCAACCUUGCCGACAUCCUCACCGAGAGACCCAAGGGAGCUUUACCUUCCCAAACUGUGGUGAACCCCAAGGACCAUGCCGGGGUAAAUGCGCUUCAAGUGAGAAGUGUGUAGGUGGUUCCGGAAGUCGCCACUAAUGAUGUGAUGGAGAAGGAAGAUACAAACAAGAAAGUGACCAACCCAAAGAAGGGAGAAGGGAAGCCCUCGAGGAAUGAGAGGAAGGCGGCAAGGAAGGCUUUGCCGGUGGAUGGAUACACACCACCUCUUCCUUAUCCCACAAGAAUGUACAAAGAGAGGUUGGAGAACGAAUAUGGAGGUUUCAUGGAAAUGCUCCGCAACCUCCACCUCAACAUCCCGUUCCUCGAAGCCAUGGCUUAAAUGCCAAGAUAUGCCAAGUACCUCAAAGGAUUCCUCAUCAAGAAGCCAAGGCUUGAAGGCCUCGCCAACGUGACUCUGAGCGAGGAGUGUUCGACUUACCUCCUCGAUCGCUUGCCCAAAAAGCGGCCUGACCCAGGUAGCUUUACUAUCCCUCCUGAUAUUCGCAACCAUCAUAUAGACAAUUCCUUGGCAGACCUAAGAGCUAGUGUUAAUGUGAUGCACUACAAGCUUUUCAAAAAGUUAGAAGUAGGUGAACUGAAGACCUCUAAGUUUAGCAUCACCUUAGCCGACCGUUCAGUAAUUAGCUCGAGAGGUAUAGUGGAGGACAUGAUGGUGAGAGUGGGCAAGUUUUGCUAUCCGACCGAUUUCGUGAUUCUCGACAUAAGUGAGGACUCGGAUAUGCCCCUCAUCCUCAGUCGUCCCUUUCUUGCAACCUCCAAGGCAUUGAUAGACGUUAAUGAGGGCACCCUAAUUUUGAGGGAUGGUAAGGAGAGAAUGAAGCUUGAAAUUUAUCUGAGGGUUAGGAGUGAUGAAGUGAAAGGAGUAGUUUCAAAUGAUGUGAAUGAGAGUGGAGGAGAGCCUCUCAAGGCAAACCCCACCAUUACUUGUGUUGCUUUUGGUGAUGUUGAGCAGGAAGUUUAGAAGGGUCCUAAGCCCAAAAGAUCAAGGAUGAAUGCUUGGAGGAGAAGGAUGAAGGGAGUUUUGACCCAGAAGAUGGGGAAUGCCAAAGCAAUGUUGGCCAACUCAAGGAGCCUAAGAUGGGAGGCUACAAGCCUUGCCCCGAGAGUGUGGUGGAUCCGCUCUCGGUGGCAUCACGUUUGAAGUCGUGAUCGAUACCCAACCGUCAAGCUAAUGACGAUAAAUUAGCACUUGUUGG